AUGGCUGAUCCGUGGGAUGACGGGGAAGCUGGCGCUGGCGCUUACGCUAGCGCUGAUUUAGCCCAGAAGCCGAUAAGAAGCGUGAACGAACAUGAGAGAAACAAACAGCUUUGGCAAAAUGCUAAUGCGCAUCCGCAGUUUGAAGUCAUUCUCCAGGAUUCGACGAGGACUCAAUAUGUGCCCCAGUUGCGUCUUCUUCAACGUCCCACGGGCUCAACAAACACGACUACCCAUCACUCAUCUUUCAAGUCAGGAGAUCAAUCAUCUAGUCACUCUGCACAACAGGCAAAAACACUUGCUGAACGCGAGAAAGAAUAUUUGGCUGCACGACAGAAGAUAUUUGGCGAAUCAGGGGAUGGAGAUGAG